GCAAGUCCAACAUCACCUAAAAGCAGAAAGAUGCCGAAGAAAAAAGGAAGCAAGGGCAAAGGGAAAGGAAAAGGUAAGAAAGACGGCAAGCAUGAGUCUAAAGCCGACAAGGAGUCGGAGAUCGAAAAGUUCAAAUCAAACGCUGCGUUAUGGGAGGCCAAGUUCAAUAUCACGGAAAUUUCGCGUGUGGAGUAUCGCGAAGCUGCUCGCGCCCUCGCCAAAGGCAACGAAGAGCUCGCGAACCAGCAGUACAGAAAUGAGAACGACACGGACGAUAUCAUUGCUUUUCUGAAGAGAACAGAUCGAGAAAAAACAGCAACGAUUGCGGCAUUAGAAGAGCAAUUGCAAAAAGAGAAAGAAAAAUACUCAUAUGAGAAAGAUCUCUUGAUGGCUGAAUAUAUGCAGAAGAUUGAUGCUUUAGAAGAAAAGUUUAAGCAGAGGUCAAUAGACUUCCAGAGGGCUCGCAGAGAGCUCAAAACCAUCAAGCAUUUACGCAAAAUAAAGGCCAAUAUGGAAGAAGAACUGAUAAGUCUGAGAGAAAGAAUGUAUGUGGCAUACAAUAAACACAACGACAGUCAGAUGAGAUCUCAGUACAAGUUCCACACUGCAAGGAUUCACCUUGAGAAGGAAGCAGAGCAAAAGAUCACUCAGCUGGCAGAGCGUGCACAUCAUGAGGCCAUUGUGCAGCUGGAUGCAGUAUCACAUACUGUUUUCAAGGAGAAUGUGCGAUUGAACGAGGCACUGAGUUACCAUGUAAAAGAGGCUGAAGAACUGAAGAAGAGAAAUGUAGCUUUAACAGACAAGAAAGCCUCCCUUGCCUUACAGAAGGAGACAACUGAACUGAUGAGAAAGAAAGCUGAUUCCCAGAUCAGAGCCCAACAAAAUGAGAUCUCCGAGCUCCAGGCUAAAUUGGACACACUUGAGGAAGCUCUUGGCAUUAUGGCAGGAGAGUUUGAGCAGGAGAAGGAAGAAGUGCAACAGCGUGCUAUGGUCAGUAUACAGGGAGAUAUCACAAACCUUAAAAGGCUGGAAAUGCUCCUAGCUGCUCGUGAGAAGGAGCUGGACCAAGUGAAACGUCUAGCAAAGAGCAUCCUUGAGCAGCGCAAAGAGCUCGAGCUCUUCUUUCAUGAAGCUCUUGACCACGUGAGGACUGAAAUUAGAAUGCAACAACAACAUUACAGACAAGAGGCUUUGAAGGCCUAUCGCUGGAGAAUGAGGGAAGCUCGAUCUGGAACGUCUGAAUAUCCUCGCAUACGGACCUUCACCAAUGUUCCACACAGCACCAAUGAUGUUCACACUGACCUACAAGAGGCGGAGAAAUGGAGUAAUUUGAAGAGUUACGGUGUGGACAUGUCUGAUCUGACCUGGGAGCAGAAAGAGAAACUGCUCAAGCUGCUCUUUGCUAGAUUAAAUGGGCAAAAAAUACGGAAACCAGCUCAGCCCCCAGCUCUACCAACUUCCUUAUCUGAGAGGAUCCAGGUUAAAAGUAAUGCAGGGUUUACAGAGGACAAGCAUAGUCUGACCUUUAUAACACAGAUGCAAAUGCCCAAUAGGACAUCUGACCCCUGUUUCUUACCAGCCCUUUAACGCACUGUACAACCUUUCAUCCAGUAUUAUAUUCAGUUAUUUUAUUUGAAACAUACAAAAUGAAUUAUGAAAUGAGUAAUAAUGAAAAACGAAUAAUAUUUCUAUAACCAUUGUGGUCUGUUGCAAUCUUCCUAAAAAGACAAGGAAUAUAGCACAGCUAGAUUUAGGGUUAUUUUUCAAAUGCAUUGAAAUAUUAAAAUAUAGUAUUAUUGUUUUGAGAGUGGAGUCUGUAUUUUGAUGAUGUUGUAUCUUAUAUGUUCACAGCCUUUCUAUUAUGUAAAAAUAAGAGGACAAAUGGGCAAUUCCGGCGUUAUGGAUGUGACAUAAAAACGCUGAACCAUUUGUUUAUAUUUUACUAAACACUUGUUUAUAGAGUUUAAAAAAUCAGAAAAAUAUCAGUCUUAUGCACAAGUUUUAUAUUUUAAAAAAGGGAAAUAAACAUGCGUUAUGGAUGUGACAAGAAAUGGACAGUUUUUGGGAGACAACUAACUUUGUAGGAUUUCUGUGAAUUAAAAUGCACAAACCUGAAGCAAUUUUAACCCCAAAAUGGUUCCUCUUCAUAGAACAUAAAAUAGUUGCUUUAUUUCAAUUUUUAUG